CCCCCGGCCCAAUCCAAGAGGUCACAAUACAGUAGACUCUUAACGAAAGCCGUCUCAACAUUUCAAAGACUUCUCCCAGCAGAACUUGCGGGGCAAAGAAGAAAUAGAAAGAUGGAGUCCUAUAGAGAUGUGGAAGGGCCAUGACUGUUUCGCAUACGGUGGCAUUCGAAGGGAACCAGGAAAUGAGUGUUGGGUAUAACUUUAAAAAAUAAUAUAAAAAAAGUGUGUGCUGGUCCGUUAUGUCCGCACUUCGCUUACCUUCUUCCUAAUACUGUGUUUACUACGUCAUCAAAAAGGCGUCAAUCGUGAAGUAGAGGCGUCCUAGAGGGAAGCUGUUGCGUAGAAAACAAGAGUGAGAGGCAGCUUGAGAAGAAACGAGCGCGAUGACUUGGCCUGGGCCUGACUGAGUGGCUUCUCUUGGCUACGAAAAAAAAUGAGUGGAGGGUUAGCACCAAGCAAAAGUACAGUUUAUGUGUCCAAUUUGCCCUUUUCAUUGACAAACAAUGACUUAUACAGGAUUUUUUCCAAAUAUGGCAAAGUGGUUAAAGUUACAAUUAUGAAAGACAAAGACACACGAAAGAGUAAAGGGGUUGCAUUUAUUUUGUUCUUGGAUAAAGAAUCAGCACAGAAUUGUUCUCGGGCACUUAACAAUAAACAACUGUUUGGAAGAGUAAUAAAAGCAAGUAUUGCUAUUGACAAUGGAAGAGCUGCAGAAUUCAUCCGCAGGCGAAACUACUAUGACAAAUCAAAGUGCUAUGAAUGUGGAGAAACAGGACAUUUAAGCUAUGCAUGCCCUAAAAACAUGCUAGGUGAGCGUGAGCCACCCAAGAAGAAAGAAAAGAAGAAAAGAAAGAAAGAAAUUGAGCCAGAAGAAGAAACUGAGGAAGAACCAGAAAGUGAAGAUGAGGGAGAAGACCCUGCCCUUGACAGCCUCAGUCAGGCUAUAGCUUUCCAGCAAGCCAAAAUUGAAGAAGAACAGCAAAAAUCGAUACAGACCGCAGGAGAGCCCUCAACAUCUGAUUCAAGACGACCACGGAUCAAAAAAAGUGCAUAUUUUAGUGAUGAGGAAGAAUUUAGUGAUUAAUUCAUGUAUCAUGUACAUUUAUAAAAUUUAGACUUUUGUUCUCUAGAGGUUUGUGUUGCUGUGAAGACUUCUCUACUAUUGUAAAUAAAAGCAGUAAUUAGAGAACACCAAA